GCAGAAACUAAUUUGCGCAUUGACGGUUAGCUUUUUUGUAAACAGUUCACAUUUAAAUUUUUAAAUUUUUCGUGGAAAUGGAUUCAAGCGAGGAGAUAAGUGACAAUAUUCUUUCUUACUUAGAAAACUUUAAAGACAGCGAUACUUCAACGAUUGAAGGAGAAAACGUUUCCACAGCAACCGAUAACGACAUUAAUAAUGGGUCUGAAUUGGAUAAUAGUUUCAACCAAUUGACUUCACUGUCUAUCUCUAAAUCGGCGUUUUCAUCUAAAAAACUCGAGUGGGACUCAAGUGCUGAUGUGGGGUGUAUUCCACUUAACACUGGGCAGUUUAAGUCUAAACUAAGCACCCUGGAGAGAAUGGCAUUGAGUACCUCUGCAUCCAAACUUUGUUUAGAUGAAGAUGAACAAAGUCUUGCGCUUAUUGCCAAAAUUGAUCGUGUUUUGGCCAGAAGCCGAAGCAUAGCAAAAGUGCAUCACAAAACUUCAAAAAAACUACAGAAAAUUGCUACCUGGCCAAGUGUUGACAGCAGUUCAAAUGCCUCUACCGAUACUGUAAUACCAAUUGUUCCUCAUUUUCAGAAGGAAAAUAGAGAAAAUGUGCCCAAUGAAUCUCAACAAAGGAAACCCACAAAACCAAAUGUAAAAUUACCUUCAUCUCAGACCAAAGGAGAAGAAUGCCGGACUCCAAAUACUCAGAAUUCCUGUGCUUCUCAAAAGACAAAGCCCCAGUUGCAAAGAUCGAAGAGCACACCACAGUAUGGAGAACGUGCUUCAGAACUUUUUGUAACACGUUCUGUUGCUAGUGAAGAACUGGAUUUGUAUGCAAAUAAUGAUAGACCUGACAGUUCAUUUCCUGCAACCCCAACAAAUAUUGGUAACAGUGAUGUAGAUCCAAUCUCCAGCCAGUGUCGCUGUGUUUCAGCAGAAUUUUCCGAACCAACUACGUGCCCAACCCACACUAGCUUAUCAUCCGAACACAUACGUCGUAUGCGAAGAGAAGCCAUAGGUGAACUGCAAGUCUACAGAAACCUAAAAGAACAUCUAAAGAAUCUUAAAGACUAUGUUUCUCAGCUAGAACAAACCUGGAACUUCUUGGACCAGGGUACAUCAGCCAUUCCUUCGCGAACAAGGGAAAGGGAAUCUGCACGCCGUCCUAGGACGAAAACGCACAAGGCACCUGUUGCCGAAUAUGACGAGUUGUUUUCGUCCUCCAGAAAUUCAUGUUCUCACGUCUCUGAAAGCCAGUCGACGGUGGUAAAUUCAGGCGAAUCAUUCAAGAGUGAUCGAAGCUUCAAAUUGGAAAGACUCAAUCUACACGACAUCGACAGUUCGGAAGAAACCCAGCCCACAAGGAAAAACAAAUCCAAGUGUUGUAAUCAUUGUAGCCUGAAGUCCAAACCUGCACCUAGUGCCCACAAGAAAGCCAAUUAUGAGAAAGGUGUUCAAACGAACGACCAAGAUUCUCAGUCCAUACGUUCGGUUCCAAAUAAUGUUUUAGUCCCGCAAAGGGAACCCAUAGCUUACGAUAUAUCGUUGGAAAGUCAAAAGAAACCCCAGGAAAGGCCUCGAAGUAAGUCAACUCUUCAAGAAGCCUUGAAAGAGAAACGACCCGACUUCCUUCACGACAGUGAGCUUCGACGUAAGGCCAUCCAAGAAAUCAGUCAAAUGCGUCGAAUGGGCAUCUUGGAUUCCAAUUUCACUCCUCAUCUGUUUACCUAUCACGAAGUAAGGAAACGGACCGAAGAACUCUAUCGCCAAUUGCCGGAAUUCAGAGAGCGAAACAGAGGUCACCAGAACAAGGAUACUAUCGUUAGUAAUCGCAUCAAAGCUUCCGUAUUUCAAAAAAAGCUGCAAUCGCGCGUGUUGCAGGGCCAAUUGAAUCUACCUCAUUCGACAUGUUUAUAAUAAAUAUUUUACUGUGUCAAUGUGUAACAUCAUAGUAAUUUUGUGUUGAAAUCCCCUGAGCCAAAAUCCCAGACUAAGAAAUAAACGUUGCUUUUUACAUGA